GGCUUUAGGCCCAUCAUUCGCGGCAGCAUUGCCCCUGCUACUGCGAGAGAGCAUGGGGAAACAUUUGCAGACGAGGAAGACGGAAGGAGGAGGAGGAAGAGCGGGUUGGAAGCAAGCCGGAGCACGUCCGGCGAAUCAGUUGAGUUCUGUGAUAAACCUUCAGAACUUGAGUUUGCAGUGCAAGAUUAAAAUAGCAGCGGAGGAGUUCGAACCAACAAUUUUCAAGAAUUUUCACUGGGCAGCAUGCGGGCUCUAGCUGCACAACUCGUCAGUCACCUCUGCAAAAGAAGGCCCGGGCAUUUACAAAAUCGGAAUUUCUCGUCAGCCAAUGGGAAAGAGGAGCUUUCCCUUGAAGAGGAUGCUGAGAGAAAGAUAGGAUGGUUCUUAAAGUUGUUAUUUGCGGGGACUGCUACAGUUGUUGCUUACCAAUUUUUCCCAUAUCUGGGAGAUAAUCUUAUACAACAAUCCGUUUCGCUUUUGCAAGUUAAGGAUCCUCUGUUUAAAAGGAUGGGAGCAUCAAGAUUAGCUCGUUUUGCAGUUGACGAUGAAAGACGGAUGAAAAUAGUGGAGAUGGGUGGAGCUCAGGAGCUUGUGAAUAUGUUGGCUAAUGCUAAAGACGACAAAACGAGGAAAGAAGCUUUGAAGGCACUUGCCGCUCUCUCCUGUUCAGAAGAAGCUGCUGGAUUUCUCCACCGAGCCGGCGCGGUUCCCCUGAUAAGGUCCACACCCGACUCACUCGAGGAGGCAGAAGCAGAGAAAUACAAAUCGAACUUGCUAAAGAGGUUUCGAGAGUUAAGAUAUGAUUAAUUCUUAGUAAAAUAUGUGUUGAUCAGGAGAAGUAUCUUCAAUCAUGAGCAGGAAAACUGAUGCAAAUGUUUGAAGGAAAGUGGAAGAGGCACCGUGUUUGUUCCUUCCGUUCAUGUGACGAUAUGAGGUAUUAGCACCAUUUUUCCGGUUUUUGUUUUUGAAAUAAGAGAGUGAUUGAUACUUGCACUUCACAGGACUGUGUUUGUAAUCCUAGCAUGCCCUUUAGAGCGCAACUUGACACAGUUUUAGUUCGUUUA